AUGCUCAGAGUGGACGCAAGUGUUCUGCAUGAGAAGAUAUAAGAACAAGUUCAUAUAAAAAGACGUCCUGAUCCUUCCUUCUACUCCACCACCUCCACAAAUCAUCAAAAACUGCUAUACUAUCCAUGUCAUUCCUUUCUCCACUGCUAUAGACUUCUUGGGAACUGAGAGAAGGACACAGAUUGCUUUGCAGAUCCACAGGCACACCCACCACAACCACUGAUGUGAAUGCCAAAUCUGAAUAAGGUGGCCCUGGUCACUGAGAUGAUGUCCUCUCUGAAGGUCUGGGGCCUUCUCUUGACCCUUCUCUGCCUCCGAUGUGGACUGCUUGCACAGAGCAAAGACAUUUCCAGGCGGGAAUUUAUGGAAAAGCACCACCUAAGUCCAAGCCAAGAAUUCAGUGCAUAUAAAUGUGAUUUCCUCAUGAAAGAAAGAGAAGCCUUGAAGCACAAGAUUCCUCACCUGUUCAUUUAUAUCUCAUGGUACAAAGUCGAGCACAUAUGCUACAGUGGCAACAAGAAUGACCACUACAGGAAUGUAUACGUAUGGGCCCAGGUGCCAAUCAAAGUACUCAAGUGUCACUGGGAGGGUUUCACAGAUAGCUACAGAGAGAGCAGGAGUUACAACUAUAUUCAAUUCCACUGUAACAUAAAUGGGUAUGUUGACAGCAUAGAAGACAUGAAGCUCAUAGAGCCCAUCUUCAACUAGCAAGCCUACCCCCUCCCCAGGCUUUGACAGCUAGGUCUCAAGUAGCAGUCCUGCCUCCUGCUAUAUAUAACCAGCCACUCCCCAGUUUGCAUUUCUGUGUCAAUGUUUUCCAAUUAUUUAGAGUUAUGU